AUGUACGUGAAAUGGUUUGAUACAGUAAUGUUUUACUAUGUGAUUUUAGUGAAUUUAGUGAAUGUCACUUUUUGUCAUUUUCAAAUUUCCUGCCGUUCCGUCCCCCGUACGUUCCGACGUCGCAGGGAACGGAACCCAGAAGACAGAUGCCGGCAUCCGCCGGAGGACAUUGCUGGGGACACUGCAGGAGGGACAUCGCGGGAGCGCAGGACAAGGUAAGAGAGGAGGAACAGAUCCCGAAGCAACGCUGCAAGGUAUUCCCGAGUGUAGCUCGGGUUACCGCUUGUGCUACACUCGGGAAUACCACCAGGGAGGCUACACA